CUAAGCAAGCCGCUGCGAUGUUUUGGACGGCGGUUAGCCGAAGUCAAUAAUGGAGAACUACGACUCCCAGCGUGCAGUCGGACACAGCCGAAGAAAUGUAAGGCUUUGUUUAGCCGAGUGCAUUCUGGGAGCUGUAGUCCUCGUGCCUAUCGCCAAUAUCAGCGGCUCUGGACAGCGUAGGGCAGCCGUGGAGUGAGCUUGAUGCCUGGCUUUUUGUGAAUAUCAGCAGCAGUGCAGUUAACCACGACAGAAGCCUGAAAUCCUAGAUGCAUGGGAUACACUAAUGGAAUGGAGGAAGAAGAAGAAGAAGAUAUAAGAAUUGAAAAGGAAAUAGAAAUAGAAUUAAGCAAAAUCAGCAUUACUUCCUCUGAAACAGAUGAUACUGACAUUGAAUUAUCAGCAGAAAUUUCAAGUGACAGUGAACCAAUUUCAGAUGAAUUGCCCGAAUCAGUUCUCCAUUAUUUAAAUUUUGUGAGAAGCAGAAGUCAAAAUGCGGAAAGGCUCAUAUUACAAGAUUUGGAAAAUGAUGAAAUAUCAAAUGAUUUCUACAAGGUAGUUCCUAACAAUGCUUCAGAGUGUUUGGCUAAAUUGGCUUCCAAAUAUAAUGAAGAUCCAGAAGAAUUAAGAAAAAGGGUAUUAUCUGAAAUAGAAGAUGAGGAAUUAGAGAUGAGUUCAACUCCUGUCAAGGCCUUUGAGCCCAACAAUGGUGGUGCUAUUUCUUCUUCCAAUGGAGUUGCUGAUAGAUAUUAUUUGACAGAUGAUGGUGACACAGGCGUUAGUUUUUCUUUCCAAGAAGUUGAAGAAAGAUGCAAGCGAGAAUAUGAACUUUGGGUGGAACAGCAAAAAGAACUUGAAUGUGAACAAAUAAAGAAGCAGAAAGCUAAGAGGGACAUGGAACAAAUACAAAGCAAGGAGGAGGAGAAAAGAAGACAAUUGCGUCAGGAGGAACUCAUGGCUGAGCAGAAGAAGUUAGAAAUGCUUCAUGUGCAACAACAAGCUAUGUUGGAAGAGGAACGACUGAAAGAAGAGGAGGCUUGGAAUGAACAACUGAGACAGCACAAGGAAUUGAUUAAAAACCUACACGUUCAAAUAGAAGAAGAAAAAAAGGCCUUUGAGGAACAAAAAGCAAAGGAAAGGCAGCAAUUGGCAGAGCAGCAUAAUAUGGCAGCUGUAAAAAUCCAAACCAGAUUUCGAGGAUUCGUAGUGUACAAAAAAUAUGCUCCUAUCCUGAGAGAAUGGAGAGCAGAAUUGAAAAGGAAAAGAGAAAUGCAAGGAAGCAUGGAAAGGGAACAGAAAGAAAAGGAGGAAAGACUGAAGAGGAGGGCUCUAGAGAAGAAGCAACAAGGGGAGGGGGAAAGACAGAAGCAAGAAGAAAAAGAAAGGCAAGAACUUGCAGAAAAGAAGAGGAGGCAUGAGGAAUAUGAAAAGAAGAAAGAAAUAAUAAGACUUCAGCGAGAAGAACAACAAAUGUUGGAAACACUGAAAAGAGAAAAAGACCAAUUGAAAUUUGUGGUAGCCAGUAAAAUGGAGCCUGAAAAUAAGGAAAAAGAAACAACAUUGGCAAAAGAUCAAGAAAUAGAAAAGGUAGAAGAACAUGAGGAAAAUAAAACUGCCCAAAUACAAAGUGGAGUGAGCUCUGAAAAUGCAAAUAAUUUAGAAAUGAUAAAGAAGGAAGAACAAGAUAGUACAAUUGGAAAACCAAAAAUGAUUUUGGAAAAGGAGCAGACGAAAUUGUUAGAGGAAAUAAGGUAUGAGGAAAAUAAACAAGAUGAAAAACAUUAUGGCAUGAAACAUGAGAAACUAUGGCAUAAUAAUGGAAGCACAGAAGGCAGAGAAUUGGGAAAAGUGAUACCUAAUAAAAUAUCAGUAGAAAAUAAAGUACCAUACGUAGAAGACAAUUGUUCAACCAUUGUAGAAUUUCAAAGAAGUAGUGACACAAGUGCUCUCAAUACUGAAACUACUGCAGUAGUUAAUUGGGAAAGCAGCACACUUAGCAAUCACAUUAGUAUGGAUGCUCAGUUAGAUUCUGGAGACACUGGACAAACGGAUAAAUUGAAUGCACUUGAACAAAUUAAAAAAGAACUUGCUCUAAAAGAAAUGCAUGAGGAAGCCACUGAUCAUUGGGCCAAAGGUGAGAACUUGGUUCCAUGUUUGGAGCAAUCACUAAUGCUUUCUGAUUCUGUUGAAGAGAAGAGAUUGGCAUGGAUGAAAACUUGUAAAUCUUGGUCUAGAAUUUAUAGGGAAAAUCAGAGAAAGAAGGUACUUGAAAAAAGCAGGACACGAAAAGUCUCAGCUAGUAUGAUGCCCCCACUAAGUGCUGUCAUGAUCAUCCAGGCCGACCCUUGGAAUUCUCUGCAACAGGUUACUACAGUUAACUUUCAAGAUUUGCCUGGUUGCAGCCUCUCCACAUUGUCACAGUGUUCAAAACUUCAGUUCUUGAGUCUUAGGCGCUGUGGAUUACUCACUUUGGAAGGGCUCAGCAGCUGCAAAGAUCUAAAGUACAUUAAUGUAGAGGAAAACAAUAUUCAGGUGAUUAACUGUGAGAAUCUAGAGAAUCUCUGCAUUCUGAUUCUGAACAACAAUAAUAUUUCAUCACUUCAUGGAUUAUAUGGCUGCAAUAAUCUCUGGAAUCUUGAACUUUCCCACAAUAAACUUACUCGAAUUGUUGGCUUGAAGUCAUUGAAGAAUCUCCAGCGACUGGUUGUGAAUCACAAUCAAUUGAUCAGCACCAAAGGACUUUCUGAUACUCCCAGUUUAGUAUACAUAGAUUGCUCCUUUAAUCAUCUUACCCAUGUUGAAGGCAUUGAAAAUUGUGGACUUCUUCAAAUUCUGAAGUUACAGGGGAAUAAUCUCAUUGAGCUCCCCAGCUUGGAAGAUCAUGUAUUGCUAAGAGAAUUAUACUUGGAAGACAACAGCAUCUCAUCAUUGGAAAAGCUUUCUCUGUAUUGGCUGCCUUUGUUACAGAUACUUUUCAUCUCACAAAACAGCUUGACUCAUCUCGCCCCUCUUCUUUCAUUUCUGUCUUUGGAAGAGCUAGAUCUCAGCAACAACUGCUUGUUAGACCUUCAGAGUGUGAUUCAGUGUCUUAAUGGUUGUCAUAAUCUGAGAGAAUUAUCCCUAUGCAGAAAUCCACUUCUUCAGGAAGAGAACUGGAGGUGUUCCUUACUCAAAUUUCUUCCUGGUUUGAAAAUACUUAAUAGUGAAAACAUAAGUUCGGAUGCAGGAAGAAUUAGGAAAAAACCAGAGCCAGGAAGUUUUGCAGCAUUUUGUCAUACUCAGAUUCAAGAAAUUGGCUUAAUUAGCAAGAAAGCCACUACUGGGCUAACAAGUGAAUUUUCUGUGGAUGCUGUACAACUCCAAUGUUGGUAUUUAAAGAAGCUGAUGAAAGUUAGUAAUGAACAUCGCUAUGCCCAUGAGUAUGGAGUUCUCAAUACUACCAAAGGAGAGGAACCAGAAAAACAGACAAAUCAUUUAAAUCAAGAAGCCAUUAAUGUUACAGAAAAAAAUAACUCCUUUAUCGCUGGUGCAAAAGAAAAUAUACAGGACAUGUUGCAUAUGCCUGAAAGAUGGAUCACUUCUGAUCACAUUCAGCCUGUGUCUGUUAACUCCUUCAUGGCAUUGCCUGAGAUGGGAAGGAAUAAAGAAUACAAGCAAAAAAAGCAGUGUGUCCACAAUGAGGAAAGCAAAGAUAACAAUGUAUUAAUCAGUCCUAAGAGAAACAAGUUCAGCAAGCGAAUCACAGCAAGUAAUGGAGGAAAUUACCUUCAACAUUUUGACAGUUUGCAAAAUUUGGCAGCAACAGUUAUCCAAUCAUACUGGCGGAGCUAUAGUGUUCGUAAAAAGAUCAAUUUCUAUACAAGACUACAUCUGGCAGCAACUAUAAUCCAGUCUUUUUGGCGGAGCUACUGUCUCAGAAAAAAGAUGGUGGUAAAUAACAAAGAACAGCAUAAGCUCAUGGACAAGCAUAAAGCUGCUACUAUAAUUCAGGCAUUUUGGAAAGGUUUCUGUCUGCGGAAGAAACUGGCCACUGCUCUGGCAGCUGUUAAAACUGAUGAAGUUGAAGAUGACUAUAAAGAAGUAAAUGUGGAUGACUUUAUGUUUGAUGAAGCUGUCAUAGAGAAAGAAUGGCCAGCUUUGGAUUCUACCCGCUUCCUUUCACAAACAGUGCUAUUCUCAAACCAGUUCCCCUCGCCAAAGUAUAAUGAAACUGCUAAACAUGAAGAGAAGUCACAUCACUUCAAGUGGCCUCCACAUAAAACCUGGCAGCUUAGGGAAAGGCCAGCAUCCUUAUUGUCAGAAAACAGCCAGAUUAGUAACAGGUCAGGGCAGAGCACUCUCUCACGGCUCACUGACUUGAAACACUCCCAAAAGUCAUCACUAAGAUUGGAAAAAGAAGAAAAAAUCUCAGAAGAAUGGGGUUUUAAAGAAAUUUCCACUGCACAGUUGAUGUUAAGGAGAGCACAUAAAAUGAAAGCAAAGAAAGCUAGUAGUAAAAAGCUUGACCCAGCUGUGCGCCUGGCGUUGUUCAAAAACAAUGAAAAUAAACAUCCCCCUGUGAAACCACCAAAGAAGGCGACUGGAAAAGCUGGUUACUUUGAAGAUAAGGAAGAUGAAUUGGCUCACAUCGAUAAGGUAGCAGAGAAGAUAGAGAGGAACAAAGAACGUACAUACCAAUGGCUUCAUACACAGGUUUGGGAUUAUGAAGAAGCAAGUCCAAGAAAUGAAAAAUGCAAGCAUUUCUUGCCUGAGAUAGACCCAGAAAUUCUCAAGGGAGGAAGAGUUCAGCUUGUGACAAGCCCUGUAAGGAGAGAAGACACAGAUUUAGAGCUUGUUUCCAUGACCAGUGGAAGUACUUUGACUCAGAACAGAGAAAAAAAUAAUCAGCCACAAAGACACUCUGCAGGAUCUUCAAAAAAGGAUGCACCUGCACCUGAGAGAUCACAUUUGGGCCCCUCACAUAAAGAGCGGAUAUCAUUUCGAGACCAUCCGGUUCAGCUCAGCGGUGGAUGGGGCAGUGGCAAAAAGAAGAUGAAACCUUUGAAAUAGUAGUUGAGCCUCAGCAUUUAAACAUAUGGAGAACUGUUUCUUUUGAAGAAGUCUGUUACCUUGGCAUCAUUUUAGGGCUCUGUUUUCCAGCCACCAGUCAGACGCAACGCUCUGGAGAACUGGGUACGCUGUAUUUUGUUUUACUCCACACCAUUUCCAACUUUUCAUUUUUGGCAACCAUGUUUUAUAAAGUCAGAAAAAUAACUAUUUGUAUCUGAAAUUCAUUUUGCAAUAUGAUUUAAGAUGCAAAAACAUGUCUGAAUUAUUAUAUCGUGAUUUGUAGAAUCCAAAGCUUAUAUUCAGGUAUAAACAUGUAAUCACGGUUUGUGAUUCCAUAAUGGUCUGUGACUGAGAUGGCCUGAUCUACAGCUGAACUAAAGUUCUUUGAUUUAAGCUGAUUUACAGCCUGAUCCACAUCUCAGUCAAGCAAAAUAAAAGAAGAAAGAAAUCUAAAUAUGUUGCUUAGCUGUUUUGUGGAUUGGAAUGGACAUCCAUUAAAAAGCAGAAUGUGGAAUUUUCAUCUUUCUCCAGCAUAUGAAUGAUGUAAAUAUAUUUUUGUGUAAAGAUGCAUUAGAUUCUACUCAACAAUUGCACACACUGAUAGGACUGCAUUAAUGCAUGUUUAGAGCACAUUAGAAUGCAGUAAUGUGAUAUAAAGAUAAGUUUCAUAAUGCUAAAUAAUGUUGUUCCAUGGAAGUCUGGAAGUCUUUUUACUUCCAGUUCUGCUGUCUUUAUUGUUUUGGUUUUGUUCCAGAAUUAAAGCAUACAUAUUAAAAUAUCAUGCAGUGAG